AUGCCCUCAUCAAAGACUGCUGCCAAGUCUGCAGCUCCGGCUGGGCACGGCUACGAGUUCUUCGGCCCCCCGGGUGCCUUUGGCAUCUCGUUUGGUCUGCCCAUUCUCGUCUACGUCUUCACCUUUGCGUGCAACGACAUCUCGGGAUGCCCCGCGCCAUCGCUCCUGAGUCCUCGCUCCUUGUCACUCGAACAGUUGAAGGUCGAAGUGGGCUGGCCGCAGAAUGGAAUAUGGGGUCUCGCCAGCUGGAAAGCAACUGGCGGCGUCCUUGCCUACUACUUGCUGAACCUCAUCUUAUACCGCGUUCUGCCUGCGACCGAGGUAGACGGAACUGUCUUGAGCUCCGGCGGACGUCUCAAGUACCGAUUUAACACCUUGUACUCCAACACGGUUACUUUGGCCGCCCUCGCAGCUGGAACUUUGGCUCGGGGCGCCGAGUUUCCCGUAUGGGUCUUUAUCAGCGAGAAUUACCUCCAGAUUCUGACGGCCAACAUCGCAAUCGCUUACGCAAUCGCCACUUUCGUCUACGUCCGUAGCUUCAGCGUCAAGCCCGGAAACAAGCAACAUCGUGAGCUUGCCGCCGGCGGCCACACCGGCAACUUGCUCUACGACUGGUUCAUUGGCCGCGAACUCAACCCCCGCGUCACCAUCCCCCUGAUUGGCGAAGUUGAUCUCAAGGAGUGGUGUGAGUUGCGACCCGGCAUGAUGGGCUGGAUCAUUCUCAACUGCGCCUGGUGUGCUCAGCAAUACCGCAACUUUGGCUUCGUCACCGACAGCAUCAUCUUCAUCACGAUUGUGCAAGCGCUGUACAUCCUGGACUCGUGGUGGUUCGAGCCCGCAAUCCUAACGACCAUGGACAUCACCACGGACGGUUUUGGCAUGAUGCUUGCCUUUGGCGAUCUCGUCUGGGUGCCCUUUGUCUACUCGACGCAAACCCGAUAUCUUUCCGUCCACCCGCUGUCGCUCGGUCCCGCCGGCCUCGCAGGUACCCUUUCGCUCAUCGGCCUCGGCUUCUACAUCUUUCGUUCUGCCAACAACCAGAAGAACGCGUUCCGUACAAACCCCAACGACCCCAGCGUCUCCCACCUCAAGUACAUGGAGACCAAGGCCGGCAGCAAGCUUCUGGUCAGUGGCUGGUGGGGCAUCGCCCGUCACAUCAACUAUCUCGGUGACUGGAUCCAGUCCUGGCCAUACAGUCUCCCCACCGGACUUGCUGGCUACCAGAUUCUGGCUGCUGGUGCCGGCGCCGCCGGCCAAGGCGCCCACGUCAUGAAGGAUGGCCGGGUCGUCAUCCAGGGCAACGCGCGAGGCUGGGCCAUCCCCAUCACCUACUUCUACGUUGUGUACUUUGCGGUCCUGCUCAUCCAUCGUGAGCGGCGGGACGACGAGAAGUGCCGUCGCAAGUACGGCGACGACUGGGAGAAGUACAAGAAGAUUGUGCGCUGGAGAAUCAUUCCCGGCGUAUACUAG